CCGUACCAGAUGACUAAGACCAGUUCGUGUGUCAGCCACCAGCAUCUUCACGGACGAGAGCGUGAGGGCGCAGGGCGAGGCCAUGUGGGCGGUCAUGGGGGAGGACGUCAGGCAAGACUUCACCAAGACCUACUUCGACAGUCGCGUGGCGCUCAUGAUGUCCUACACCAACGCUGGGGUUUGUGAGGUGAGUGAGGUGGUGGAAGCAAUGGCGGCGGCCCUGAUCCAGCGGUUCCCGCGGGCACGCUACUUGCCCAUGGACCUGCCCACCAGACUGAGGAUACUGGUGGCUACCCACCUGCCCGAGUGGGUAUACGACACCUGCUACACCUCUGCCACACGCCAGUGACGUCCCACCAGACUGAGGAUACUGGUGGCUACCCACCUGCCCGAGUGGGUAUACGACACCUGCUACACCUCUGUCACACGCCCCACCAUGACCACUACUGCCAGCAGUCAGCGCCUACAAAUUCAUGAAUGAUACAUCUGGACAAUAACCCUCCAUUAUAUACAAGUAAUCAACACAAUGUCACAGAGGCUUACGGGACAUUUAACAGUAGUGUAGAUUUCAGAAUGUACCGUGUUGCAGAGGGCAUUACAAUAUAUAGGCCGGUCAUAGAUUUUUGAAGUUUAUUUGUAGGGAACCUUGAAUAGAUAAGUAUUAGUCAGAGCUGGAUGGUCGGGGUUGAGAGGAGACUGAUGCAGGUGAGGACAGUUGGGCAACGUUCAGGUCAAUAGUCAGAUGUAAGUAUUGUCGUCACAAUGGCUGGUACCUGAGCACUGUGUGUACACAGCCUUGGAGCCU